GAAAUUGGAAGAAACUGAAGGUUGAAUAAUUUUUUCCACGACUUCACGUGUGUACAAAAAAAAGAAAAUGUUUGUAGCUCUCACACGUGGACAAACUUUUACGUGAAACGCAAUUUUGACAAUCAGGGGAAUCCCGUCUGUCCCUGCUAGAGGAUGAUUGACAAGCGGUGUUAAAAUAUCUUUCCUGGUGCUGGUCGGCUCCCGGCAGGCGAGCGAGGUGAUCUGCACAAGUUCUAAAAGACAAACACAUCAGCUUCUUGAGGUCAGCACGCAAACCUUCAGGUGUCGGCCAGACCGGCCUCUGACAUUCUGCGAGUGUUUUCAAAUCCAAACUUGGAUGAUGAAGACAAUGGGAAAGUUCAAGAAUGCGACCAAUCAACUUUUUCAUCCUCUCGGUUGUUUGCGUUUGCAAAAAACAAACCGCUGUCUAUCUCGCACUCGCUAUCUACUGUAUUUGUUUGUACUGAAGGUUUGUGGGCGUGGCCAGUGUACAAGUGGGCUAGGUGAAAUGGGCGUGGCUUGUGCUUGUGGUUUAUUGGCGGUUGCGGAGGUUGUCGGGCAUCUUCGCGCUGCCUUCGCUGUCAUGGAUGUGCCGACGUUAACCGGCACUUUGCUGCUCCUGCUGCUAAUCACAGAGUGUGGAGCACAACUAAAUGUGUGCGGGCAGCCCCCGCUCAACAGCCGUAUUGUGGGGGGUCAGGCGGCCCCCUUGGGUGCGUGGCCCUGGCAGGUGAGCCUGCACGCCUUCGGGUCACACUUCUGCGGGGGCUCACUCAUCAACAGCGAGUGGGUGUUGUCGGCCGCGCACUGCUUUACAAGGUCUAGACCUGUCACUGCGUUUCUGGGCCGCCAGAGCCAGCAGGGUUCCAAUCCUAACGAGGUAAGCCGCAGCGUCACCGAGGCCAUCCCCCAUCCCGACUACGACCCCCGCAGCUUCGACAACGACGUGGCGCUGCUGAGGCUUUCCUCACCGGUCACCUUCAACAACUUCAUCCGGCCCAUCUGCCUGGCCGCCGCCCAGAGCUCCUUCUUCACCGGAAUCGACAGCUGGGUCACCGGGUGGGGACGCAUCGGCUCGGGAGUUCCUCUCCCACCGCCCCAGGACCUGAUGGAGGUGGAGGUCCCAGUGGUCGGAAACCAACAGUGCAAUUGCGACUACAGCCUGACACCAUUUCGAAUCACCGCCAACAUGAUUUGUGCGGGCCUAAGAGAGGGCGGAAAAGAUGCCUGUCAGGGUGAUUCUGGCGGCCCCAUGGUAAGCAAACAAGGCUCUGUGUGGGUCCAGAGCGGGGUGGUCAGCUUCGGAAUAGGUUGCGCCCAGCCGGAGUUUCCAGGCGUCUAUGCGCGGGUCUCUCGGUAUCAGGAUUGGAUCAGCAGCCACACGGGCAACGCCAACCUGCCGGGCUUUGUCACUUUUACAUCCUCGGGCACUGACCCGGACUUGGUGGCUAGCUGUGCCAACUCACCAUUCACUGUUGGGACUGCGCCACCCACCACUGCGAACCCACAGCCUACAAUCACCAGCACCCCACCACAGGUAUUGUGCGGACAAGCCCCUUUAAACGGGCGCCUCUCAGGCUUUGGAUCGGCAUCGGCUAGUGAAGGCUCUUGGCCCUGGAUGGCCACACUGCACUUGGAUGGGAGGCACGUGUGUGGCGGCACACUGGUGGCCUUGGACAUCGUGCUUACUAGCGCACAAUGCGUCACGCAGUCCAAUGCAGCAGAUUGGACAGUCUUCCUCGGCCGCUUGAGGCAGAACGCCUCCAACAGCUUUGAGACGGCGGUGAGCGUGAUCAGCAUCGCAACCAGCACGCAGUCCGGUCCAAAUGUGGCACUCCUGCAGCUUGCGACCCAGCCGCCACUCUCCGAAUUCAUUCAGCCCAUCUGCAUAGAGGGUGGUCAGACCUUCGCCACUGGGUCCACCUGCUGGGCUGCCGGAUGGAGCGCGGGCCGAGGAGGAGAGGAGGCGGCCUUGCAGGAGAUCCAGACUUCGCUGCUGGACUGCGGGAACGUGUCGAGUGCUGAAAACAUUUGUACGGAACAUCUGCCACUCGAUCAGGGAGACAGCGGCGGCCCAUUGAUGUGCAAACUGAACAGCUCCUGGUACCAGACGGCGGUGCUGUGGGCCAAUGCCAGCCAAACGGCUCGAGAGGCUAACAUGACGGUCAUGCGUAAACUGAGUUCCUACAAUAACUUCCUAAUCCGUGAGGUAGGGGAAUACCUGUCACCCACCCCCUGCAGUGCUGCCCUGGCGCCCUUCCUCAGCCAGCUCCUGCUGGUCACCCUGGGCAUCCACCCCAUCUUGAUGGCGCUGUGCUACUGAGUCAAACAGCAAAUAUCCCAAAGUCAAUGUGAAAGUCUUUUUUUGUUCCCCAACCUUGUUGGAUUUCCAUUUGUUCUCCUCACAAACAGGCUUUGAAGAAAAAUGUCCUUCUUUCCAGAUAAUGUGAAAAUAAGUGCUUCAUCGUGAUUUAAAAGGUUUUGGGUCAAAACUUAUUUAUAUAACUAACCCUAAUAAACGAACAUUAAUGUUCAACAAUUUCAAAUUGUAUGGCUAGGGUGGUACAUGUCAAGACACAGCUGCCACACACACACACACACAGAAACAGCACCGAGCCGAUCUAUUAAAAAUCAACGCUUAGCAGGUCAAACAAAAUGUCAGCUUUAAAUAUUUAAGAGUUUGUUUAUAAGUGUAAAAAACAAAAACUUGUGAUUUCUAAUCAGUCAAAUGUGCUACAAGUGUUCAAUAAAACAAAUAAAAUGG